UCAUGACUGAUAAAGAGUAUCAACAAUCAAAAAAAAUAUUCAAUAAUUUUUUCCCUUUGGUUGCGCGUUCCUUGGCAUUUCCCAAUUCCUUUCUCUCUCUAUCCUUCUUUCUUUCUAAUCAUCGUGUGAAACCCCGGCCCGUACGUUGUUUUCUCAGCCUGAGUUCCCAUAAUGUCUUAUUGAUUUUUAAAACAAGUCUCUUACAAUUCCAUCCCCUAAAAAAGAUUACUAGCUUCAAUUCUCUUACAAUUCCUUCUCCUUCCCUCCCUCCCUCUUAAAAACACUACUUAUGGAUCUUCGGAAACUUCCUUUGUUUCUGGCAACAGUUUCGGUAUUGUUCAGUGUUUCCAGGGCUUGCUCUAAUGGAGAAUGCAAGGAACUGGACAAAUGCACAUCGGACUCGGAUUGCGGAACAGGGCUGUAUUGCUUCUCUUGUAUCAAUGAAGCAUUUUCAGGCCCUAUAUGUGUGAGAUCCGACAUCACUGAUCAAUUCAAGCUCGUCAAUAAUUCACUGCCAUUCAACAAGUACGCAUUUUUGACAACACACAAUGCAUAUGCCAUAGAAGGAGAGCCAUCUCACACUGGAGUUCCCAGAGUUACCAUUACAAAUCAAGAAGAUAAUAUCACUCAACAGCUAAAUAAUGGGGUUCGAGGCUUAAUGCUUGACACAUAUGAUUUUGAAGGUGAUGUUUGGUUGUGCCAUUCUUUUGGAGGAAACUGCUACGAUUAUACUGCAUUUGAACGAGCAAUAGACACAUUGAGGGAAAUUGAGGCAUUCUUAUCUGCAAAUCCAUCAGAAAUUGUGACAAUAAUCCUAGAGGAUUAUGUUCAUGCCCCAAAUGGAUUGACAAAGGUCUUCACUGAUGCUGGUUUGAUGAAAUAUUGGUUCCCAGUGACAAGCAUGCCACAAAAUGGUCAAGACUGGCCUCUGGUCAGUGACAUGGUUGCCAAAAACCAAAGGUUUAUUGUGUUCACUUCAAUUAAAUCUAAGGAGCAGAGUGAAGGAAUUGCUUAUCAAUGGAACUACAUGGUUGAAAAUCAAUAUGGGGAUGGAGGAAUGAAAGCAGGAAGUUGCCCAAACAGAGCAGAAUCAGCACCAAUGGAUGACAAGACAAAAUCACUGGUGUUGGUAAAUUACUUCAAAUCUGUACCCAUCAAGGUAUCAGCAUGUAUACAGAACUCCGCGGACCUCGCUAACAUGCUUCCAACUUGUUAUGCUGCUUCUGGCAAUCGAUGGGCUAACUUUGUCGCUGUUGAUUUUUACAAGAGAAGUGAGGGAGGAGGAUCAUUUCAAGCAGUGGACACUCUUAAUGGGAAGCUGAUGUGUGGCUGUAAUGACGUACAUGCUUGUGUGCCAGGAUCUACAUCCAAUUCCUGCACUGCCCCAGCUCCUACAUAAUGGCACAGAGAGAGAGAGAGAGAAUUCAAUGGUGUAGUAUAUUUAAAUCUUAUUGAAUUCAAAACAACUAUAAGUUUAGCAUGCUUACUAUAAUACAAUACAUAGGAGUUUCAAAUAUGUAUGAAUCCCGAUGCAACGGUAUAAAAAGAAAAUGAAAAGCUUAUUUUUUUUGGUGGGAACUGAAGAAUACAAGGAUUUGUUCAA